AAAUUCUCCCCCUCUUAAGCCAGGAGAAACCCACUGUGUACUGGUGUCUUGCUUCUGGCAACUCCGGAUCAAAGACCCCUGGAUCCGUACAAGGGGGUGGACGGACUUGUCAUGAAGAUGCUUGUUCUGAGUUGAAGCCGCGAUAAACUUGUAAAUAAAAGACUGGAGGGGUGAAGUGCUUAUCCUGCCAGAACCCACGUUAGAAUUGGGGUGAACUGUGCUGGUGCAGUUCUUCAGAGUAGGGCCAGGCCUUCGGCGCCAUGGACAGAUACAAUGAGGUCAAAGUCCUGCUGAAAAAAUGGGAGAUGACAUUUCUUCAGGAGCACCAGAGGAAACCGAGCAAGACCGAUAUGGAAGAGGCUCCAGAGGAGACAAAGAAACUGUACAGAGAGUAUAAAGCACUCAAGCAAGCAAGAGAGCAUCAGGGCUCCCCCGAAUCCAGCUCAGUCUGCCAGCAAGGUGCUAAAGAAACCCCAGGAGUGGAACAGGCACCUGACUCGGGUUGCUGGGGCACACAUCUGAAUCGAGGGCAGACAGCCCCCAAGCUGAGCCACCAGGACCGUGACACCCUAAAGGCGUCUGCGCAGUAUUUUGGAAUGAAGCUGAAAACCAACCUAGGAACAGCCAUAAAGGAGCGUCCUAUAACUUUGAGGAAGUCCUUGACCCCCCGAGGGAAGCCAGCUGUGCCCCUGUUGGAGAAGAGCUCUGACAACAGCAACCAGGGUGCAUCUCCAAAGCCCCCGCAGAUGCCAUCGCUGAAAAGCAGCAAAGACUGCGUUACUAAUGCUGAUCCUGAUGAGCCAGGAGACCUCCUCCUCCCGCCAUCGAUAUCGAGGCUGGCCUCCACCAUCCUCUCUGCAGGGCUGAAGCCAAGCCCUGAGGUGAAUAAAUUCCAGCAGUUGAAGCAGACAGUGGCCCAGAGACUGGGCUCCCUGGAUCCUGGCUGGCUGGACAGGUGUCAGGGCAUCAGGGAGAAAGUAGGGGAGAGAUCAAGAGAGGAAAGUGCUUCUACCUCAAAUGACAGGAACAAAGAUCAGACAGAAGGAGGCUGUGCCCUGCAGGGGAAUGUUGCCCAACCUCUGCGUGACCAUUCCCUGAACCAAACCACUGGAGCUAGGGCUCAGUCCCUGGAAAGCGAGCAUGUUCCACCUCUAGGAAACUGCCUCCUGGGGAGCUGGCAGCUGCAGGAACACCAGGAUCCUUCUAGGAGAAACCGGCAAGGAGCUGCGCUGGAGGGGGAUGAUCUAAUUAAAGGGGGUGGAGAUGACUGCAGGGUGGCUGUGAAGGAUGAGCAGGGCACUAGUGAAACCCAAGGGAACAGCAGGAUGGACUUGUCGCUUGGUGCUGCUGAAAUCAGCAUUGCGAAAGAACGUGUCAGUAAACCCAAGACUCUCCCAAAGGAUGCCCAUCAGGGAACAGAGCAGGAAAAACUUGGUAACCCUGCAGGGAGGCAGGGAGGAGCCUCUUGUAGAACAGGGGAUGGGUCCAGUCAACCCAAGAAGGUCAAAGUGACCAAUAGAAAGAGGCAGCAAAUGGCCAUGGCCAGCAGAGAUGAUGGUGCGGCAGGCCCAGAAGAUGGUGCUGUGGCACCAAAGCGCAGGCGGACCAAUGCAUCAGCCAGAGACAACCCCGUCUCUGUGAAAAAGAAAGCGAGAGGGGCUGUCUGUGAGCCAAAGCCAGGCGAAAACAACUUGGAAGAGGAUGGGGAGGAUGUGGAGGUUAAAGAGGAGAUGGGAAGGGAUGUGCCGAUGCUUUCUGAAAACCUCCUUGGAGAAGUCGAAGGGGAGGGGAAGCACAAAUGGAGCAGCAGAGCCAGCAUCUGCAGGGCCCCUCCAAAGAAGGACGGCAACUUUGUCAGACUCAACCUGAAGAAGAAAUCUCACGUUAAAGGUUACGCGUUGAGAGGACAUCGCCUUCGCAAGCAGGUGUGGAAGCAGAAGUGGCAGAAGAAAGGCGAAUGGUUUGGAGGAGGUGGCAGAUGCUUCGACAGGGGCUCAGAUACCUGCUUCAGAUGCGGUGGAGCAGGGCACUGGGCCUCAGAGUGCAAGGGCAGAGAGCAAGGUCCAGCUGUUGGCCCACAGCCGGAGGAAAACAGCGAAGCUACUGAAGAGGAGAUGCCAUUGCCCACUCUGGAAGAAGUGGCCCAGAUGACUAACACUGCUUACAGCAAGAUCUCAGCUGAGAGCAGAAGCAGCCAAGCGAGGCCCGAGAGGGCUGGCGAGGAGGAGUUAGACCUGCACGUGCAGAGGCCUGUGUAUGAGCCACCCGCUCCGCCCCCACCGAUGGAGCCUCUCUAUGGGCUGGGGCAGGAUGGGAAGGUGAGAGAGACCCCAGAGGAGGUGUUUCAAGCUCUGGCUGAGCUGGGAUACAGUGCCUUCCGCCCGGGCCAGGAGGUGGCUGUCAUGAGGAUUCUCUCAGGUCUGUCCACGCUGGUCGUCCUGUCGACGGGGAUGGGGAAGUCUCUGUGCUACCAGCUCCCUGCGUACUUGUAUGCAAAGCGGUCCAAGUGCAUCACCCUGGUGAUCUCCCCGCUUGUGUCGCUGAUGGAUGACCAGGUUUCGGGGCUUCCCCCACACCUGAAGGCGGUCUGCAUUCACUCCAACAUGUCGAAGAGCCAGCGAGAGGCUGCUAUAGAAAGGGUGAAGGGAGGGAAGGUGCAUGUGCUGUUGCUCUCUCCGGAGGCCCUGGUGGGCGGAGGCAGAGCGGGAUCUAGCUGCCUCCCCUCUGCCGACCAGCUUCCACCCGUGGCAUUUGCCUGUAUCGAUGAAGUGCACUGCGUCUCCGAGUGGUCCCACAACUUCCGCCCGUGCUACCUGCGGCUCUGUAAGGUUCUUCGGGAUCGCCUAGGGGUGCGCUGCCUUCUGGGCCUUACAGCCACGGCCACGCUAGCCACAGCACAGGACGUGGCCCAUCACUUGGGCAUCCGGGAGGAGGAGGGGAUAGCGGUGCGCUCUGCUGCCGUUCCCCCAAACCUGCACCUUUCGGUCUCGACGAACAGGGACAAGGAUCAGGCCCUGGUCUCGUUGCUGCAGGGGGAGAGAUUUGGGGGCCUGGACUCGGUCAUUGUUUACUGCACACGGCGGGAGGAGACGGCCCGCAUUGCGGCGCUGAUCCGCACGCGCCUCCAGGGCGUAACGCUCAGGGAGUCCACGACUGCUGAGGAGCAGCACCAGGAUGACAGCGCUGGGAAGAGGAAGAAAGCCAAGGCUAAGAAGAGCAUCCGAUGCCCUCUGAAGUGGAUCGCCGAUUCCUACCACAGCGGCAUGUCCGCCAUCGAGCGCCGCCGGGUCCAGAACAACUUCAUGUGCGGCCAGCUGCGCAUCGUGGUGGCCACGGUGGCCUUUGGCAUGGGGCUAGACAAGUCCUACGUGCGUGGGAUCGUGCACUACAACAUGCCCAAGAACUUUGAGAGCUACGUGCAGGAGAUCGGCCGGGCGGGGCGGGAUGGGAAGCCAGCGCAUUGCCAUCUCUUCUUGGAUCCGGAGGGCGGGGAUCUGCAUGAGCUCAGGCGACACAUCUACGCUGACACUGUGGAUUUUUUCACCAUUAAGAAGCUAGUGCAGAAGGUUUUCCCUCGCUGCAAGUGCCUGGAGCUUCACCGCAAACAACAGGACCUCAGCAGGGGGGGCGAGGUGUUGGACACUGAGAUGAUGGAGCUCAUGAGAGCCGGUGAGGAGCAGGCAUGUCGGGAUGACGGGAUGAGUGGGCAGCAGCGAGUGUGUUAUAAACAUGAGCGCGCCAUCCCCAUGCAGCAGACAGUGGAGUCCCUGGACAUCCGAGAGGAAGGCAUUGAGACCCUGCUGUGUUACCUGGAGUUGCAUCCGCAGUGCUGGGUGGAGAUGCUGCACCCCACUUUCUCCUCCUGCCGGGUGGUGUGUUAUGGGGGCCCCCAGCAGCUCAGGGCAACCGCACAAAGCUCCCCGCCCGUCGCAGUGUGUCUGGCCCAGGAGCGUCUGGCAGGGGUGGAUCACACGCACGCCAGCUCUGUGGAGUUCGACGUGAUUGCACUCAGCGACUCCAUGGGCUGGGAGGUUCUGCCGGUGAAGCGAGCCCUGCGCCAGCUCCAGUGGAGCACACAGCUGCAGAAAGGUUGCCAUGGAACUGGGAAUAGUGGUAUCCUGGUGGAAUUCGGCAACCUGUCCUUUCACCUGCGCUCCUAUGGAGACCUCACAGACCAGGAAAUGGACUCUGUGUGCAACUUCCUGCACCACCGGGUGACGGCGCGGGAAACAGCCACUCUCUGUCAGCUCCAAGCCUGCUUCAGGGCCUUCCAGAGUGUGGCCUGCCAAGCCAGUGCCCUGUACUCGGAGCAUGUGGACGAGGAGAGGAGCUCCCGACUGAAGGCCUUGUUGAUGGACUAUUUUGAGAAGAAACCUGCACUGGACGAGACCGAGCUAAUGUUCAGGGAAGACGAGGAAGCAGAAGAUCUCAAUAACAUUAAACUGCAGGAGUGGGAAGGGCAGAUCCGCUCAGACAUCCGGAAUUUCUUGUCUAUCCGCCAGGAUGAGAAGUUCUCUGGCAGAGCUAUUGCCAGGAUAUUUCACGGCAUUGGGAGCCCAUGUUACCCCGCUCAGGUCUAUGGACGAGACCGCAGGUUCUGGAGGAAAUACAUCCACUUUGACUUCACUAGAAUCAUGCGCCUGGCCACCGAGGAGAUUAUCCGAUGCAAAUGAGUCUGCGAGGGCAGGGGUGUGAGCCACGGAACAUCAGCCACUGACCAGCAGGGCAAUGGAAUGACACAACAGCCACCAGAGCAAAGCCAGGGAGCUCUGCAGGCCAUGGCUCUGUGUGCCAUUGCUCCUGUGUCCCAUUCACCUCACUGCAGAUCCCAGGAUCUCCACGAGGGACCUUGAUCUAAUGGCUGUGUCACGAUUCUAGUCCCAGUUAACCCAGCACUGGGAACCAGGGCACCCACUUGCAUUGGGGAUUCCUCUGCAGAUCCCACCAGGCGAGGUACCUGCUUUUCAGAAGUGGAAAGGAUACGCCGUGGGCUGUGCUCAAAGGAGGCUGGGCGAGAGAAUGGUUAGAGCCUGACGGUGGCUGGAAGGAAGAGGCUUUGGGCGAUUAUCCAGUUGACUGUAUAUAAAUGUCCCUUUUAAGGUUCAGUCCCCUAGAGCUGCCCCAAGCAAACGCACCUCUCUCGCUCAGGGAGGCGAGUCACCAGCCCUGUGUGCUUGGGGCUUAUCUUGUCUUCCCACUUUUCAGGGCUAACUCUACUAUGGUGUUCUACUCAUUUUUGCAAAAUUGUACAACAUCUGAACACAUUUCCUGCCUGAGCCCUGGGUACAGCCGGACUUUUCUUAGACAUGGGCUGUGAAUAGACACGUUCCGUUCCCACAGGAUAUUCAAUAACCAUCUUGGGAGGGGGCAACAUUUGGCCAGUUCAGGAGGGGGUUGAAUGCUGUCCAUACAUUUUGAUGGUGCAGGGGAGGUGGAAUGCCCCUCCCAACGUGCUAUAACGUGUGUAAAAAGUUAACAGACGUUCAUGUCUAUAUUUAUGUCCGAGCUUUGACUGUUGUGGUGUUUGCCUUCGCUAACAAUUGUCUGUUGCUCAGUGUCCGUUCCAAUGCCUUUGGAGUGUCUUCUCAGUGCUGUUCUGUUUCCACUGACCAGCUGGAAUCUGUUUCUCCUCUUCCAUCUGGGACCGUGUUUGGGUUUUAUAUUCACACUAAUAAACAGUGACUUU